UGUUUCAGUAAAAAUGUAUAAACUAGCGAAUGCUAAGAUCUCCAGCGGGCGAUUGUCGUUGGCAACAUUACUUCGCCUCCGUGUUCUCCUGGGCCACUAUUGCCCCGUCAGCCCGCGCGUCACAUUGCGCCUCUUCUCUUGGAUCUACUGCCUCUUACUACCUUACUUACUUUGCAUUUAUACCACAAAAUAUAUGGCUAGCCGCGGGGCUCCAAUCUUCCCUGUACUAUCAUUAAUGAUAGAAUACUGGGCUAACGCUAUUCUAUCCUUACUAUCGGAACAAACACAUUUCUUUGAAUUAUUAAAAGGAGUCGAGCUGAUCGAUCGCGAAAUGGGCUUCGAUCAUCUACCUUUAAUAAUGCCAGCAACGGGAUAUAUAUUUUCAGUAAUAAUAGUUCAUAAGGCAUGGAAUUGCUUUUCAAAUUUUGUUCUAUUUGGCCAUGGGAUUUAUUUUGCAUCAUUUACGAAUAUAAUGACGAUGGCAUCCGCUCUUAAUUGCUUAUUGUCAUCCUUGCCUCUCGAUUUGUUACGUCUCCGUAUAAAGUUGCUUCGCCAAGCCUUGACAAGUAACUUGAGCCUAUCGAUAAAUAAUACAGAGGACAAAAUAAAAAUACUCUGGGACACCUUUAGACUGUACAGGAAAUUAACAGACAAUGUAAUCGGUGGAUUCCACUGGACUAAACUGCAGAUAUUUAUUAGUACGUGUUGCUGCUUUUUUUCAUUUGUUAUAAAUGGUUAUUAUAUUUGCUUAAGAAAGAAACACUCCACAGAUGCAGAAUACGGGAUAGCCGAUUGUGCAUGGGACAUAUUUUGGUAUGUUUUGUUUGCCGCACCAUCUUGUCUGCCAGCGGUGUUCUGUGAGCUAGCUUCCCGAGAAGUCGACAAACUAAAAUCUGCCCUUGGUGAAUUGCUACUUCUUUGUGAAGAUGAUGAACUACAAUCGGAGCUGCAGCUAGCGAUUGAAUAUAUGGAUCAUCUUCCCUUCAGAGAGACCAUCUUCCAGGUGUGGUCUCUCGACGGCUGUUUCAUACUGGCUUUUGGCGGCCUUUGUACCACCUAUCUUAUUACCAUCGUUCAGAUAUUUGGCAUCAUUUAGUUUAACUUCCUUACCACCGUCAUAUUUGGCGUUAUCAUUAAGCUAAGCCUUAGUCGACUGCACUAUUUGCUUCAACACCAAUAAUUGAAUUGUUAGCUUGACUAAAAGUUGAUAGACUUAUCACCAUUGUAGGUUUCUAUAAUAUACCUACGUAGUACCUAAACUUUACAAUUAUCAAUUAGUUAAUGAUUUACUUCUUUCAUAUGUACAAAUACGUAAGUAAGUCAAAAUGAUAGAAUACAUAUGAUUACUAGCUAAUUGAGGCUUGUAGCGCAUUUAUGAAUAAACGAUUAAUGGCGUUAUUCAAUGCGUAGUAUAUCUGACAGCUAAUUGGUAAAUAAAUACCGUUACAGUACAUAUGGUCCUAUUUUCCCGCACUAGUGCGUAAAAUAGCACUCUUCGUGCGUAUGUCAAAAGUUUAAAAGGCCAUAAUGUACUGUAAAACGUUGUACGAUACACGUGCGAAUAGGUAAUUCGCAACUCGUGUCGAUUUAAAACACUCCCUUCGGUCGUGUUUUAAUUUAUCGCCAC